AUGGCGAUAUGUACACUGUCCUGCAGUGUCGUCUGCUUGGUAUGCGCCCAGAUAAUUCUAAUUUUCAGUGUACCUUGGACUGGAGUGGAGAGUCUCACGUUUCCUCAGCAAUUCACGAUGAUGCACUGGGCUAGAAGUAUCGAGCAGGAGAUUGACAGGGUCCUCCAGCAUGUCAGUGGUGCCCAGCAGCUCAAGGCGAUCUACAAUGAAAAGAGGAGACAGUAUAGUCUAGUGAAGAAUAACCCACGAGAGAUGGUGGAGAAGGUGGCAUCAGACAUUGAGAAGCUGUUGGCUAAAAAACGCACAGCACUUGAAAAACUGGCCAGUGCGGCGGAGCGUCUGCAGAAAGAGCAUCCAUGGCAGGAUGACAUUGAGAAGCUGGAUAUGGCAUACUAUGAUUCCAAAGCAGAGCUGGAUUAUGAUGGUGAUGGAGAGCCAGUGAAUACUCUGAAGCUGGAGUUUGUUUAUGACCCAAACUUCAAAAACAAUGUCAACUACUCCUACACUGCAGUACAGAUCCCCACUGACAUCUAUAAAGGCGCCCCAGUGAUUCUGAAUGAACUGAAUUGGACUCAGGCACUGGAGAGGGUGUUUAUGGAGAACAGUCGAGAAGACCCUUCCCUCCUCUGGCAGGCAUUUGGGAGUGCAACUGGGGUCACUAGGUACUAUCCAGCUACACCAUGGAGAGCACCAGACAAAAUUGACCUCUAUGAUGUAAGGCGGAGACCUUGGUAUAUUCAAGGGGCUUCAUCUCCCAAAGACAUGGUCAUCCUUGUAGAUGUAAGUGGCAGCGUGAGUGGCCUGACUCUGAAACUGAUCAAGGCCUCGGUGACAGAGAUGCUCGACACACUGUCCGAUGAUGACUAUGUUAAUGUGGCUAGAUUUAAUGAGAAGGCAGAGGCAGUAGUUCCCUGCUUCAAACACUUAGUGCAGGCCAAUGUCCGUAACAAAAAGAUCUUUAAAGAAGCUGUUCAGCAAAUGCAGGCAAAAGGCACCACAGACUACAAGUCAGGAUUCCACUUCGCCUUCGAUCAGCUUCUCAACAAGACUAAUGUUCCCAGAGCAAAUUGCAAUAAAAUAAUCAUGCUCUUCACGGACGGGGGAGAGGAUCGAGCGCAAGACGUUUUUGAGCAAUACAACUGGCCUAACAAGACGGUUCGUGUGUUUACUUUCUCUGUGGGACAGCACAAUUAUGACGUCACGCCUUUGCAGUGGAUUGCAUGUGCCAAUAAAGGGUACUAUUUUGAGAUCCGGUCCAUCUGUGCUAUAAGGAUUAACACCCAGGAGUAUUUGGACGUACUUGGUCGCCCCAUGGUUUUGGCUGGGAGUCGAGCCAAGCAGGUGCAAUGGACCAAUGUCUAUGAGGAUGCCUUGGGUCUGGGUCUGGUGGUGACUGGAACUCUGCCUGUAUUUAAUCUGACUGUAGAAGGGAACUCACAGAACCAGCUCAUUCUUGGUGUGAUGGGUGUGGACGUUCAUUUGGAUGAGCUCAAGAGACUUACUCCACGCUACAAUCUUGGAGCAAAUGGAUAUGUUUUUGCCAUUGAUCCUAAUGGAUACCUUCUUCUGCACCCUAACCUGGAAUCCAAGCCUGUCAACGUCCCAGAGCCUGUAACACUAGACUUUCUUGAUGCUGAGGUGGAGGAUAGCAGCAAACAAGAGAUCCGAAGACAAAUGAUUGAUGGCAGACCUGGUGAAAUGACUAUCAAGACCCUCAUCAAAUCCAUGGAUGAGAUGUACAUUGAUGAGGCGAUAAGGACUUACACCUGGACACCCAUCAAUGAUACUGACUACAGUCUAGGUCUGGUACUGCCUCCUUAUAGUGAAUACCACAUUCAAGCAGACCUGAGUGAUGUGAUGCUUCAACUGCAAUAUUUACAGUCCCUUUUGCCAGACUCAUUUGAGUCUGCAGGCCAUGUCUUCCUGGCACCCAGAGAAUACUGCAAGCGGCUACAGAUGGCAGACAACAACACUGUAUUCCUUGCAAACUUCCUCUCCCUUAUGGUGGACAUCACACCAGAUACUCCAGGCUGUGAUCAUGGUCUCAUUCAUAACCUCAUCUGGGAUUCUGGAAUCAUCUGGCAACUAGCUACAAGGGUAUGGAAGAAUAAAGAUUUAAACACGUAUGGCUUCCUCGCAUUGUUUGCAGCCACAGACGGAGGUAUUACAAGAGUGUACCCUAACAUUGCUGCUGAUUCAUGGGAUGAAGGUUAUGAGCCUUUCAAUGCCAGCUAUUACCGUCGCAGUUUGGACAAUAAGGGCUAUGUGUUCAGAGCACCAUCUCCAUCCUACAUGGAUGACCAAUUGAAUGCUGAAAAUGGCACUCUGGGAAUUCUUGUCAGUACUGCUGUGGAGGUUGUUGUUGGGGGCAAAACCUUGAAACCUGCAGUGGUGGGUGUGAAAUUGGAAUUGGCGGCUUGGGUGGAAAAGUUCAAGGUCCUGGCCAGUAAUGUGUCUGAUGGUCGGCAGGGUUCGCAUAAGUGUGGACUAUCCCGAAGCUGUGAGAUGGACUGUGAAGUCAACAGUGAUGAUCUGCUUUGCUACCUAAUUGAUGAUGGUGGAUUCCUGGUCAUGUCCAAUCAAAAGGAAUACUGGAAGAAGGUUGGCCUGUUCUUCGGUGACGUAGACCCCUAUUUGAUGCAUGCGCUCUAUAAUAAUUCCAUUUAUGCCCGUCGACAGACCUACCAGUAUCACUCAGCUUGUGAACCAACAACCAGCAGCCACACGGGGGCAGCACCAAGAGGCAUCUUUGUGCCCUCCAUUGCCGACCUGCUCAGUCUCGCUUGGUGGACCUCUGCAGCUGCAUGGUCUCUUCUUCAGCAACUCUUCUAUGGACUGGCCUUCAGCAGCUGGUUCAACAGAGGUGAAGCUCUGGCAGAUGCAGCUGAUUCCAAAGGCAGCAGCUGUGUGACUAUACAGAGCCAGUUCUACUUUACCAACACCACCAAUUCUUACAACCUGCUGCAGGACUGUGGGAACUGCUCUAGGUUAUUUCAUGCAAAGAGGAUAGAGAAUACCAACCUGCUGUUUGUGGUUGCGGAGACAUUACCCUGCAGCUCCUGUGAAAUCGAGAAACUAACGCAAGUCAGAACAGAAUUCCAAGAAGAGAACCCCUGUGAAGUUUUGAGCUCUGCCCGUUAUAGAAGAGGCCCAACAACCUGCUUUGACUACAAUGCGUGGGAGAACACAUCAGAGUGUGGACGGGCCCAGUCCUUACAGUCUCCAAAAAGAUUUCUUUUCUGGAUCCAACUAACAUUGCUUCUCCUUAUAAUUUGCUCUUAA